AUGGUCGACAUUCACGAAACAAAAGGAGCCGUCAGGUGCCCGGCUAGUUCGACAUUUGUUCAGCACAAAGAUCCAAGUAUUCACUACCAACUGCUCGUCGGUCUUCUUGGAUCGAAGAUCUGGACCGAAGUCUUCGAUGAGCUUCGACAGAGUUAUUCGUCGUACUCCAACUACUUCGACGUUACACUAGGAAGGCUACGAAACGCUUAUGAGCAGGACACGAAGCUAAAAAAAUUCGUCGAGGGACCAGGAAAAAUUGAAUUAUUUAAACGACAGCGCGUCGUGCAGAUAAUGACUGCACCGGCGCAACGCUUUCCGAGCGUGAAACUCAUCGGUACGGAAACCUCUGGCGAGCUCCGACGGAUUUACCUGUCGCACUCUAACUAUUGUGGUAGAGCAACAGAGAAGCUGCGAAAUGCUUAUCACGAAGACUGGGAAAAUCGAUCACAGGGUUCGAAUAUAGUACGAAUUAACACGGACACGAACACUCUUCAGUUGUGUCUCACAAAUGAGGUCGACAAUCUUUCGAAAGGCCCAAGCCUCCACUUGCACAUACAGAUGAAAUUCGCUGAUGUGCCGUAUGAAUGUGAACGUGUUGUAACAGAAGAACAGAAGAACUAUCCACCAUCAGGAACCUGCAUAAAAGGGCAUCACCGAGUGAGUAUACCUCAUUUGAGGAGAUGGCCCGUAGAGGAAGAUCUGACUCGACACAAAGGCGAAGCUGCCACGUCGAGACCAAUAACAAGCGUGGACUAUCGACUCGGAUCAUCAGCUCUGAGGAAGACGAAGACGCCGAAAUGUUAG